AUGGAUGAGUACGGAACGUGUCCUGGUCCGAUAAACGCCGGCGUGCAGUUUUCGACGUCGACGUCUGCGGGUCAUGACCUCUUCCCCCCGUUGAGAGCAUCCGCCAGCGACCUCACCCAGUCUUCCGUGGCGGAUGCCAGCGAUUCCAACUCUCCGCCGUCGACAUCAUCGUCUAUUCACUUUGGAACCGAUCCGGGCGCGAAUUCAAAUUUGCAUUCCCAGAAUAUCGGCGCAACUCCGUUCACGACUAUCCUGGGCAGCAGCGAAAGUGGAAAAAGAUUGGAAAUCCAACCCCAAUGGCAACCUUACCACCGCCAUAACCUGUCGAUGGGCUCAAUCCCUUCCAAUGGAUCAUACCAACGGCCCGCAUCCAAUGGCCUCCAUCAAAUUCCCCGUCUUGCUCCACCAGCAGAUAUAGUGCCUGGCAACAGUACCCAUGCGAGACGGAGGCCAACCCUAAACAGCACCAGCCCUAAAAAGUUCCAAGCUCCAUCAUUAUCACAACAAUCCUCGAGCUCUUCUACGAUGGGGACCUACGGGUCCUAUCAUAUUCCUGCUACUCCUCCAAGGCCUCAACCCUCGUUCAAAGCCCCAUCCUCUGCAACAACGGCAAUUCUAGGGAAGCACUGCACACCGACCCAAAAGACAAUAAUGGAACAAGACGCCGUUGAAACUCUUGUCUUUAUGGGAAGCCCGGAAAAUUCUGGAUAUUACAACGACUCCCGGUCACAAUUCCAACCUCCUAACAAUUCCCAGAAUUCCUCCAGGUUCACUCCAGUUCUAUCGUCGAAUGAAAAUGUAUCAGCUUCCACAUCCUCAGCAGCAGGGUUAGGCGUUGCUUUCAACUUUGAGCCCCGAAGACAAGACGCACUUCACUCCAAACGUGUUAGUUUUGCAGACCCUGGUGGAGAAGACCAACAUAACCCUUACACAAGCUACCACCAGCCUAGAUUAGAGCAAAAUGCUGGUGAUGAAAUUGACCGCAUGUUAGAUGAGAUGGGUGACAGCGACAAUGAACAAGACUAUGAUUGGUUUGCUCAUAUGUCAGGGGCCAGGGAUAAUUUUAGCUUGCCGCAGCAAAGUAGCCAAUGGUCCAACGGCCAGCACAACCUGCCUAACUCGGCUAUAUUUCAACCCCGGCAAUAG